AUGAUUGAUGAAAUACUGGGCCGCUGGAAUGUAUCGAAGACGCUCGUACAUGAUGCUUUAGAGAAAUUUAUGGAUGCGAGUACUCUUUUUCAUGCGGAAAAAGACAAGCUUGCUGGAGAAGAAGGCCAAUUGGUUGUCAGGAGAAUCAGUGAACAAAUGUUUCGGGUGGAGAGAGCAUUUAUCAGUCCCUAUUUGAAGUUAAAUGACCCGAUCAUGCAGCAUGUUUAUUCACGAAACUUGUAGGGACGAUCCUUUCCAGGCAUUAUGGAGGCAAGAAUAUAGGCAACGCCGCUGAUGUGAAGAAACAGCUGUCACUGGUUGAGGAAGCUGUUCUAUCUGCUGCUGAUAUCAUCAGGCCUACUGUUUCCAGUAAGCAACGAGGAAAAAAAAAACGUGUCAUGAAAUUGAAGAACACGGUCCGAUGUUUGUAGCACUUAGAGUGUAAGAUGCCCUAGUCAUUAUUUAACAGUAACACCAGUGUUACUGCAAGAUUUGCAUUUGAUUGGUUGAGAAAGUGGCGCGGGUUUUCUGGCCCAAUCACAAAGUGAAAUGAAGGAAAACACAUAUAAAUCCUGGAUAACAUUCGACAUUCAAAUGGAAAUUGAAUCAUAAAGUUUACCGACUUUUGAGCUUUCAAAGAGUAACAAAUUUGAAAACGAUCGUCGCCUUUUUUCAAUUUUGCUCAGCAUCUCGGCCAAUAACUCGGGAUAUAAUAUGAACCUCACAAUAUAACCACAUCAUUGAACUUAAUCUCGUGCUAAUUGAAAAAAAAAAAAAGGCCAAGGAAAAGGCAGCUGAUGUUUGUGAUCUAGAUGUUGUAAAUGUGUAUUUAUCGCGUCGUACCUGUGUGAUCAGACAACUGAAACUGUUUUUUCAAUGUGGCGGCGUUCGAAGCCGAAUUCGAGCAAAAAAAAUUUUGUAAGAGUUCGGCUACUUUCUGGAUUAAAGAAAAGAAAAAAAAAAAAAUGUGCUGUGGUUUAUUUUUAUGUCUUAAGUUUUGAAGGGAGGCGUUUGAUUUCUUGCGAAUAAUUCUUUUAAAGAUCCCUUUUUUCGCCGGCGUAUUUAACGGUCGAGAGUCAGUCAUUUAGAGAACUGGUAAAGGGAGAUAAUUAAUUAGGAUUGAAAGUGAUCUUAACUUUGAUAUUGGCCAAUAGUUUAUUUAAAGAUACUUUGUAGAUACUGGUCUCUAUAACAACAAGGUCACCUUCAGCCUCACUCCAAAUCAAAGGCUUGGUGACUAAGUGCACAACUAUAAAAUGGCCUGUUAUAAGCUAAAUUCUGCAAUUUUUAGGAAUUACAUAUCAAUCCUAUGAUUCAGGGUAUAAGAAGACAAGUCAUGUACCGAUGCAAAAAAGAAAACACUGAUAUCUUGAAAAGAUAGGAAGGAAGCUAUGUGAAGUCCAUUUAAAGAAGAUUAAAGCCCAAGCCAAAGAAACUCAGAGGGCCCAUUAUUUAGAACAAAGGAUAACAGCAUAAAGAGCUCAUCAGAAAUCAAAGUCAUCGCACCUAGCUGUUCUAAAUUCCACCAUAUUACGACUUAGUUUAACUUAUGAUUGGUUGAGAAGGUGGUGCGUGUUUUCUGGACCAAUUAAAGGAAAAAGUUGAGCAAAAUCAAAAUAAUCGCGGAUUACUGUCGACACUUCAGUUUUAAAUUGGGUCGUUUCCUCUUUGAAUAACAGACAGAGAUUUUUUGGACAGUUGGCAUAUUUCCCUGUAACAGUUUAAGAGAGAUUUAGGAAAAAAAUUAGCAACAGUGUCUCGACUGAAAUCAGUGCAGUAUAGCAACUGUCAAAGGAAACUACUCAAUGAAUGUGUGAAAUUACGAAAGUGUAAAGAUCUUAUCAGUGACUGAUACGACAAGAAAUGUAUGUUUCCUAUCGUAAAAUUACCGAUAAGUGAAAUCUGCUACAAAAUUUUUGUGCAGUAUUGGUCAUCCUUUUUCGUGAAUUUUUUUUCUCAGCGGAUUCACAGGUAUGUGUUCUCGAGACACAACGGAGAGACGAUUUUAGUUGCAUUUAACUUAAUCCUUUCCCUCAAGUACCGGGUUGGAAUUUUAAGAGAUUUUCGUCAAAUUUGCGUCAUGUAAAUGUGGUUAGUGACGUAAUUCCGAAUGCGUAAAUACCAAUUUGAUGUCGUCUUUUUUGGAAGGAAAUCCAUAUAGUCCAUAUAGAAUUUCUUUGAGUCUUUUUUCAAAUUUUUCCUCUCCUACUUACUAAAGUGCAAAACGCAGGAGAACUUAGUCGCAGCUUUGUGAAUCAAACUAAAGCAUUUAACCUAAUGAAGAAAAAUCCAAUCUGUCUUAGAUAAACAGAUACACGAUCACUAUGUGCGUGCAUAAUCGUUCUUAUCUCAACGUGAACUGUGUUUAUUAUCAACUCUAUUGAACAGGUUCAAAAGGUCAAGUCUUCCCUUAAUGCAUUUUAAAACACUUGGCUUCGCACCAAGAACUCACACGAACAUCUGUUACUGAUAUUUGCAUACUUUGCGUUCUUCUGACGGGUCCGCGUUGUUAACGUUUGUCAACAAGGAAAUAGGUGCCGUUUUCAAGCAUUUAAAUCUAAACCUUCAAUUUUUGUGAUCGGGCAUUUCAAAGUUUUUUAUAGUGGCUCUUUAGCCCACACAGUGGGAGCUUAUCCCAUUUUCCGCCCUGCAUGAGUUGGAGUACUACCUCUCCGGCUCGGCUGGGAUUCUUUUCCAUCACAGGAAAUUGAAGUUAUACACGAAAGUCGUUUUUACUCUGAAAAUUUCUUUUAAACCAAACUUGGCGCCUUCGCCAGGUAUAGAUCUCCCUGUAAACUCACGGUUUUUAUUCAAAAACGAGCCUAGGGAGCCACUUCGCAUUCCGUUGUAAAUCAAACUCCCAGCGCGCUCACAUUUUUACAUCGCAUUAAUUCUUGGUGUGCAGAAGUACAACCCUAUCAUUUUGGAUCAUUUCCAAAACUGUAGAUUUUUGGUAGAGUACGAGAUUAUCUAAGAUACGGUUUGCUGGGAUAUAAAAGACUCACUAAACCUCGUGAAACUGAUUGAAAUCCGCAUGGAUUAUAGAAAAUUUGAUAGCGAUUGCAAUUGUCUGUUCGCUGCUAAGGUUUGUAGCCAAAGCACUUUGAUAACAAGGAAACAUCACAUGUAAGCCCACAAUCGACUGACAGCGUGAAGGGUAGACCUCAAAGUUCCGGUCAAAGCGAAAACAGUUGUGCAAGCCUCUAAAUCACAGACCAGGUGAGAACAGAAUAGACUUCCCUUAGCGAGCCCUAAGAACAGGAUGUUAUUGAGAAAUUGAUUAUAGGUUUGUGGGCGGAAGUUCUUACACAGAUAACCCCGCAAAAAGGCUUAUACUCACUUCCGUAGACUCUUUGUCAAUACUAGGCAAAAAUGCGGGAGCGAUCUUGAAUAAUUUUUCCAUGCAAUUGAAAAUGGUAAGGAGUAAUGUAUAGAACUUAUUACUCGUUGAGUGGAGGUGUUCGUCAUACACAAUGCUGGCAACAUUUGAGUCGAAUUAUUUACUUUUCGACAUGGUUAUCUUGCCCACAGUAAACGGAAUUUGUCAAUGUAAUGUUGUAUCGCAUAAACAAAUCUGAAGUGGUUUAACGCGGCAGGGUGGUAAUACAAACACGGCAAUGAAAAACUUACGUAAGCCGUCUGGGUAAACAACAUUUAACAUCCAAGUGGUGGAAUUUAAAAUUAGAUUUAAGUCCAUAGCGAGCCAUGACCUCUUUUUAAUUCUGUCGAUAAAUGACCUGAAAAACCACCACACUUUACAACUCGCGGCCAAAGUUGUCCUCAACUUAUCAUUUGGUGAAUAAGUCUGUACUUCGCUCGGCAUUCUCGGAUGCAGUGAAUGAUGUGCAGAAAGAACAUCAUUCUUGGGAUUAAGAGAAUUCAAGUGCAAAGGAUUCUAGAACAUACAUGCUGACAAUCACGAGAUAAUGUUACACGUCAUAAUUUUUACUUUGUUCUUAUUUUUCAGAGGAAGUCGAUAUCCUCGCUCCACGUUCUUUAUCUCUGUUGGUAAAAGAUAAAAUAGUGAUUUCAGAUAAGCGAUAAUAUUUAUUGCUUACGGCUAUCCUAAAAAAAGUGUUACUUUCUCAAUUGCCGACUGCUAUUCACAAGCAAGAAAAAAAAUUGAGGUUUUUCAUCAGGAUCAAUGUCUGCUACGUACGUCAACACUUCCUUGCAAAGCAUUAUAUCAGUUUUGACACACCACAUACGUAAAUGUUGAUUCUCGUUGUUUAGAGGAUAUGCUAAAGAGAAUUUCUUAGAAAAAGAGCCCUUUGGUUUGCAUGAGUAUGGUACUUUUUUUUUACGUUAAAACACAUUUCAAACUUACGUUUAUUUACAACUAGGCGGCUUAGGAAGGAUUUAUUCGAUACGUUUGGUUAACAAGUACGUAAGUGGUUGACGAAACAAGAUAAAUGCCUAGGGGAACAUUAUUUUCAUUUAAAACAUAUGACCUGAAGCUUGUGAAUUAAGCAAUUCAUUUUAAAUGACAGAGUUCUUGUUAGCUGACUUCCUUUAAUUAAGGUUCACCGUAAACCGCAACCAAUUGAUCAGCCUUCGUUCUCGGCAAGCGCGUUUUUGAAGAGCUGCCUUUGGGUGUUACAUUAACCACACUUCACAAAUGGAAUUGGCUAGCUCCAAACUUCACUUAUCAGCGUCAGUCUCAUCUGAAAUUAGUUUUGGAGGAUCUCGUCCUAGAAAGAAGCACGUUGUUUUGAUCGUAUUGUUCAUUGGGAUCAUUUCAGCAUCGGGCGGUUUUCUUCUUGGAUACUUUUUGAAAGGUGAUAAAGGGAGAGACAGCCCAAAGACUAAAGACAAAAGUGAGACAAACCCUCUCAACGGCGAUGAAGCUUUCAGCCACUUUAAGAAGAAUGUAAACACCACAGAGCUCGAGGAAACCUUGAGGUAUACUUCUAAACCAUCAAUGAUGUUAUAUUAAGGCUUCAAUUCGGGUCCCUGUUGUUUGACGCAAAUGUAACAAAAUUGCAAUGGUUUUAUUUUCUUCGAUAAUAGUUUGCUUGUUUUAUUCGUUAACUAAAUUUCACUUAUCGGCCACAAACUAUGGAGGAUAUGUUAAUCCGUAUAUGGAAUGCUAAAAGUAAUAAUGCGCCUUUCUGCAUUAUUUUCCUUCUGUAGCUAACCUAAAAGUAUCGUAUCCUCGCUGAUUUAUCACCCGCGGGUCAAAAUAUGAUUAAAUUUAUAUAACUGCGAACAGACUCUUUAAGGGUAUGAAGAACCCGCCAAAAUUUGCUUCUCUCCCACUUUGUGGCUACGUAGCACCGUAGUUAUAAGCGCGCAACGUAUUUUAGAGACGCAGAUUUUUCCUGGCUUUUCCAUAGCUGUAGCUCACCUGCUAGAUUAAAAUCUUUACCUAAUGUCUCAACCUUAGAAUAGGAAAAAUGGAACAGAUUCCCCGCAAGCUGAUUCGACUGUGCUCAUUCGUUCGUCGAACAGAUAUAUUUUAUUUUUGUCACUAGACAAAACAGGACUAAGAAGGCAACUAAUUUCCCCUCUAAGAGGAACAAAACCCAAGACCUUCGGAUUUCUAAAUGCUCGCGUUGGUACAAAGGCAUAUACAAGGUCCAUAUGUAAUAAGUGUCCUGCAUACCGCCAGAUUUAGUGAUGUCGAGAGCGUAGUUUCUUUAAAAUAAUAUGGCAAAGAAUUCAUGUAGAUUGUAACUACUUUUCCCUACUGAAGUACCUACGUUUUUUAUAUCUCGCUCUCUCGCUUUUCAUAUAUCUUAGUCUAAAGCGAAAAAUAACCGAAUUCGUAGGUAUCUCAAAACCAUAUAACUGAUCGAAAUAGUUUUGAUAUUGGAAGAGGGGGCAAGUUGAAACAGGGCUACUGAAUUACUCUGAGUUCUUUGACCAUCUUUCAUCAAUUGUCAACAUUUUCUCUCAGUUUUGAGGAAGUUUAUCAAGUGUAUAGCUUUUUUUCAUGGUGACAUUGUUAAGGGUUGAAGCUUCCAUCGUCAAAACUUUCAAAACUGAUUCAAUUAUCAAAUAGAUUUAUUUUACCAUAACUGAUGACGUACUGAUCGACAACCAAAUUCCUUUGCUAGAAUACAACGUAGACACAGGAAAGCGACUUUGACAUCAAUAUGUCAGGAACUUCUUCCAAGUAUUAAGACUGAUCUCAAACAUUUCCACGGGCGUUUGACUUAAAGAAAAACCCAUGUUCCCACAGAGAACUCGAGUUUAAGUUUGAGUUUGGAUCCUUUAUAAAUUUUGGAUCCGUCAUAAACCUUCCAGAACGCGAUGGUGAGGGUAUUCAGUUUGAAGGGAAAAAGUUCUCCGCAUGCCGCUUUCAUCAGCAAUGUCGCAAAUAACUUCCUGUGUGGUAAAAGAAUUAAUCAAAAGGUUUGCCGGUUUGCCCCGGGUUUACCACACAAAUGACUCACGAAGCAAACUUUUUAAUGCCAUUUUAGGAAAAGAGACGGAAUAACGACCUAAGUAUUCGAGUUAUUUAAAAAAAAACAAAAUUGAUGGGGGAAUGAAAAUUUGAUUACCGACAUUAGCGAUCAUUACGUCGUAUCGAUUCAAAAGAUUCUUUAUAUAUCAGAUGUCAACAUUGUGGACAUUGAUUUCAUUCUUACUCUAUUGACCUAAUCCUUAUGAUAUGAGGAUUUAACCUUUUAGAAAGUGGAGUUUAUUCGGAUAACUUUACUUCGACUCUGAAAUCGCAGCAAUACUUGUGAUUUACGCUUGGAAAAUUCACUCUUAGAAGAAAUAUCUACUUUGAUACUAAUGGAAAGGACGGAGAAGCAUUCGCUUUCAAUUCCAAAGAAAUUCCUCGAUAAUUAUCCUUUUCCGGUGGUAUAGGUUCAGUAUCAUCUUUAAUUCUUCAAGUAUUUCCUCAAAAAGUCUCCUUGUACAAAGACUCUUUAAGACUCAUCUCCAAUGUGUAUCACCAAAAUAAACUUGUCCAGGAAAACGUUUUCCAGGAAAAAAAUAUGAUCUAAUGUAAGCGUGGCAUAUCAUUCAUGAGUAAUGGAAUCCUCCUUCAAUUUUAUAUUCUUAACACGAGAGCUGCAAGAACUUUGGAAACCUCACUAUUAGAUAUUUUUCUCGACACACAGUCGACGCGUUGUUUGGAGAAUCUUAUUGCCACCUUUGCUGAAUCAAGCGUGAACUAGUCGGUGUACUAGACAUGCACCUCUUGGUUUUCUAGAAGCACUUUGUAUUUCUUUGUCGAAAUAACAUAGUUUGAAAGUGAUUAACAUCUCGCUUUCUUUGUAUUUAGCCAAAAUAUUAGACUGACGUUCACCUUGACCUUCCGCUGGUCAAAUAGAGAGCAGAGUUCUUGUUUGAUCACGAAAUUCUGGUCUUGUCCAUGGUUAUCAGUUGACUACCAAAAUAAAAAGAUGCUGAGAUAAUAUUUCUACUUAUAUAAAACUUUUUUUUUUACGAACUAAGACAGACGGAUUAAAAAUCCUAUUAAUGUAAGGCGUAGUCUUCAUGAAAAAUUCAAGGAAUUCCUUCGCAAGGAUGCACUAAUCAUAUCUUUAAUUCAUUACAAGAUGAAUCUUACCUUGGAUUCUAUUGGCCCACAGGUUCUAUUCCCAGGUCCCUCAUAUGGCUGGCGGGGAGAGACAACAACAACUGGCAUAUAAAUUGGCUGAAAAAUGGCGAGAAUAUGGAUUUGACAAAGUCGAACUCCCGAAAUACAAAGUGUUACUGUCUUAUCCAGAGGAUAACAACCCCAACACCAUCUCAGUUGUGUCUGAAGACGGAACAUUGGUCAAAAGGUUUAAAGAGCAGUUAAAGGUUACAUUUCUCUCUUUCCAAAAUCUUUUGCUUCAAGUGUCUCUCUGCCACUUAAAAAAAGGCAUUCUCUCGAAUGUUCACCAGCAUGACAUUUCGUUUUCUGUGAAAUAGGUCUCACCUGGCCCAGGGAUCAAGGCCACAAGUUUGUUUACUCCAUACACUGCAUAUUCCAACAAUGGGACUGCUGAAGGGAGACUGGUGUACGUCAAUCAGGGAACUGCGAAGGAUUUGCAAAAGUUGGAGAAACUUAAUAUAUCUCUGAAUGGCACCAUUCUGUUGACACGAGACUUUUGGAGUUUCUUUACCUUGGUCUGUGAAGUUUUCCUCUUUCUGACUACAUAUGCAAUUUAUAUAUAAUUCAGGAUGACUCAUGCGAGAUGCGAUUAGCGCUAUUGUACAAAGACUGCACGUUGCUGUGACUUUCUAUUCUGUGUUAGCCCUAGUCCUGGUUUUCGUAGUCCGACAGAAUUUUCAUUCAAUUAAAUGUUGAUUUUAUUUCCAGAUGCUAAGGUCAAAGGUUCCAUGUUAUUGGGAGAUAUUGCACUUGUUAAAAUGUAUUUCCUUCAAGUCUUCUACGUUUUAGCGUCUUGAUUCUCUUUGAGCCAAUUUCUAAUUAGGCAAGAUUGUCCCACUCUUUUUUUCCACUUGCAAUAAGAAAUAGAACUGUUUACUUACCUAUGUAUUUUCUUGUUUUCUCAUUAGUCUCAAUUAGCCGUCAAUAAAGGUGCUAAAGGGAUCCUUAUGUACCCAGACCCUAACAUCUACGCCCCAAAUGGCAUAGGAAAAAAUUCCACUUACCCCAAUGCACCGUGGCUUUCCUCUGAAGCAGUUCCCUUGGGUGGAGUCUAUGGUGAGCUUGGCGACCCCUUGUCGAAGGGAGUCCCUGCCAAAGAGGGCAUCUUCCAGAAAUCAAAGAAGGACUGGCACGUUGGAUUGCCCAUACUUUUACAACCAAUAUCGUAUGGGACAGCACGGUCUCUAUUGGAGGAAGUUGGAGGUAAGGAUGAACAUGACAUGAUUGACUUGUCCCAGAUCAAUGGUGCACAGAUAUGAAAAGCGCGAACGAUCGGUAUUAUGUGCUACAGCUUUGUUGGACAAUGGAUGGUGAAAGGUGCUCUACCUUCGAUAGAAACUUUCAGUAGCUUUGUUUUAUACCGUUAAGUGAGUAAUAUAUUUAAUAAUCAUGCAUGAAUGAAACGGUGAAAACCUCAGCAAGGUGUAAUACUCGUAAGGUAGGCUUACAGGCUUGAAGUUACUGAGGUCAACUGCAGAACGUAAGCAUUUUUUUCUAUGCUUUACAUUAAAUUUUUUGACUCCUUUAGUCUCUUAUUGUAACCCGCGAUAAACCAAAUAUUUAUCUUCCUCUACUAGUGGAUGAUAUACCCCCAGAAUGGCUUAGAGAGCUCAACCUCACGUUACAACUUAACCCCCGAGGCUCUCGAGGAGGUAACAGAACCAUAAAACUGACCAUCAACAAUCAGCUGGUUCAAAAGACGAUUUAUAACGUGAUCGGCACUAUUAACGGCUGGCAGGAACCAGAUCGGUACGUUUUCUUAGGAAACCACCGAGAUGCAUGGGUAUAUGGCGCUGCGGAUGCAACCACGGGGAUGGCAGUUCUGAAGGAAACAAGCAGAGUAUUGGGAAAACUUAUGAAGGGCGGUUGGAGACCAAGGAGAACAAUAAAACUGUGCAGCUUCGGUGGAGAGGAAUUUGGCCUGAUAGGUUCUGUUGAAUGGAUGGAGGAAAACUCUUUGAUCUUUAAGGAGCGAGGUGUGGCUUACUUGAACACUGAUGUUCCAGUGCAAGGAAAUUAUGUUCUUUUGGCUCAAUCUAGCCCACUGCUAAGCGACAUUAUAUACAAAUGGACAAAAAUGGUUGAGGUGCCAUUUGAAAAGGGUACUUAUAAGUCCAUAUACGAUGUAAUGUUGGAGCGUGGGCCAACGCCUUCAAACCCGCAUGAGCCAAAACUUUGGGCUUUCCAGUUUGCGAGCGAUUACAUACCGUUCUUCUUCAUGGCGGGUAUACCAUCCGCAGAUUUUAGUUAUUUCUUUGGCUAUGAUGAGAAUAAGGGUGGUUGGCAGCUUUAUCCAUCUUAUCAUACUCAGGAAGACAAUUUUUACUGGGUGAAGAAAUUUGCUGAUCCUGAGUUUGAGAUUCACCGCGCCAUGACUCUACUCAUGGGUGGCAUGUUGUUGGAUUUAUCAGACUCUCAGAUCAUCCCUUUCAAUUUAUCACGACUCACAAAUACUCUUCAUCGAGCGUUUAAUAGACUUACGGCCUUACAAUCGUCGUUUAUGUGGGAAAAAGCGGUAAGUGACAGCAUUUCAGCUGUAAACAGAUCCAUAUCGAACUUCUCAAGAUCAUGCAAAUCGUUUACGAACUUUGUCAGUGAAGUUAGUCGUGGAAAAAACGUGAAUCCUCUCACAGUCCGAUUGUUAAACAACCAGUUGAGCCAAGUUGGAAAACCCUUUAUAGAUUCCAGACUUAUUACCACAAACCCUCAUAUUUACCUGAAUGUUCUUUUCAAGGACACUUUUAUAGGCGUUUUUGGAGCGUUUCAGGAAGCCAAAAAAACUAAUGAUACCACAAAGAUUCGGGAGCAACUUUCUAUAGUUUCAGUAGCUAUUUCCACAGCUGCUAAGAUCUUAGAACCUAUCAAACUUCCCGAGGAAAAAUGAGAAAAUGGGAUCAAAAAAACCGUCACCCCGGCUCCAUUGACUUGCUUGACGUCCAUUUGAAAUGUCAGAAAGUUGCAAUAUGCUCCAACAUAAUUUGAUAAAAUUUUGCGAAAGCUGCUUGGUGAUAAUAUAGUGUAAGGUCGCAGAGACCAUUUUUCGAAAAAAGUAGAUAUAGCAAUUUGUACAAAUUAGUAGCUAGUCGUAUGUAUUUAAGUUUAAUUACUUCGCCAUUAAAACUACGUAACUUUUCCUUCAUAAAUAGGGAUUCAUUUGCCAUUUUUGUGCGUUGGUUAUCAUUUAGUAAACUUAGAGUAGGUAAUUUAAAUAAACAUGUAGGUAAACUAUACCUUUAAAUCAUCAGUCAGUUGUGAGAAUUUUAAAAAUCAUUUGUGGUGGUUCAACGUAUCCCAAGGUUCUUUUCUACGGCUAAAUCCAGACGUAGUUGUUUUGGAUCAACUGCCUUCAUAAUAGGUUGAAAAAGAUUAGAUCGAAGUAUCAUAUUUCACUGGAG